AUCAAUUUCAUACAAAUCUCUUGUGCUAAUAUUAAUUUUAUUACCUGUCUAAAAAUGGACACCCUUCGAUCGAUUUCUAGCGAAUUAGUGCGAUCUUCACAAUUACGAUGGACACUGUUCUCUGUUAUUGCCAAUAUGUCACUGACAUUGUCUAUUUGGAUUGGAGUUUACAACAUGGAAGUGAAUUCUGAAUUGAGCAAGACUUAUUUUUUGGAUCCUUCGUUUGAGCAAACAACUGGAAAUUUGCUGUUGGAUGGAUUUAUCAAUGGAGUUGGUACAAUUCUCGUUCUUGGAUGCGUCUCUUUCAUAAUGCUCGCUUUCGUACUCUUUGAUUUCCGUCGUAUCGUAAAAGCCUGGCUCACACUUUCAUGUCUUUUGAUAUUGUUUGGGGUAUCCGCGCAGACUCUUCAUGAUAUGUUUUCACAAGUAUUUGACCAAGAUGACAACAAUCAAUAUUACAUGACAAUUGUGUUGAUAGUGGUUCCAACGGUUGUAUAUGGGUUCGGAGGGAUCUAUGCAUUCUUCUCUAACAGUUCUUUGAUUCUUCAUCAAAUAUUCGUUGUCACAAACUGUUCUCUUAUCUCCGUUUUCUACCUACGAGUUUUUCCAAGCAAAACCACUUGGUUUGUUCUCUGGAUUGUUCUAUUUUGGGAUCUCUUUGCCGUUUUAGCACCGAUGGGUCCACUCAAAAAAGUUCAAGAAAAGGCUUCAGACUACAGUAAAUGCGUUCUCAAUUUAAUUAUGUUUUCUGCUAAUGAAAAACGUUUAACUGCAGGAUCCAAUCAAGAAGAGACAAAUGAAGGAGAGGAGAGUACAAUCAGAAGAACCGUGAAGCAAACGAUUGAAUAUUAUACAAAACGUGAAGCUCAAGAUGAUGAAUUUUAUCAAAAGAUCAGACAACGUCGGGCUGCAAUCAAUCCAGAUUCGGUACCAACUGAGCAUAGCCCAUUAGUAGAAGCCGAGCCAUCACCAAUCGAAUUAAAGGAAAAGAACAGUACCGAGGAGCUCAGUGAUGAUGAGAGUGAUACAUCUGAAACUUCAAGUGGAUCAUCUAAUUUAUCGUCUUCCGACUCAAGCACCACUGUGUCAACAUCUGAUAUAAGCACUGCUGAGGAAUGUGAUCAGAAGGAGUGGGAUGAUUUGGUCUCUAACAGUCUACCGAACAAUGAUAAACGGCCAGCCACUGCUGCGGACGCCCUUAAUGAUGGAGAAGUACUUCGUCUCGGCUUUGGAGAUUUCGUCUUCUACAGUCUUCUGAUUGGUCAAGCGGCUGCCAGCGGAUGUCCAUUUGCAGUCAUUUCUGCCGCUCUUGGUAUUUUAUUUGGACUUGUUGUGACUCUCACUGUCUUUUCAACUGAGGAAUCCACAACUCCUGCUCUGCCGUUGCCUGUGAUUUGUGGUACUUUCUGCUAUUUCAGUUCAAUGUUUUUCUGGGAGCAACUUUACGGAUGAAGCCUCAUUUUUCCUGAUAUUAUGUGAACUGAUUAAAUGUCUUAUUUACUUGUCUGAAUGAUUAAUUUUAACCUUUUCGUUUUUUUUUUUAAUUUUAUGAAUACGAAUCUAUUUGGCAAAGAAUACAUAGUAUCGUAUU